GAGGCAGGAGCGACGGAGGGGGCCUGUGGCGCGGCCGUUUCCGGUUGUGAGGGGAACGCGAAGGGUGCCGAGGCGGCGGUGGUGGUGGCAGUAGCGGCAGGAGGGGAAGGGCAUCACCAUGGCGGUGGCUAUUCGGCAAGUCAUUUUGUACCUGUCCCUGUGGGCUGCUUGUGCUCUGAGCAAACCCACCGAGAAGAAAGACCGCAUCCACCACGACCCUCAGCUCAGCGACAAAGCCCAUGACGAUGCACAGAACUUUGACUAUGACCAUGACGCUUUCUUGGGUGCUGAUGAGGCCAAGACUUUUGACCAGUUGACACCAGAAGAGAGCAAGGAAAGGCUGGGAAUGAUUGUAAAUAAGAUAGACACGGAUAAGGAUGGGCUUGUGACCGAGGGGGAGCUGAAGGCCUGGAUUAAGAAGGCGCAGAAGAAGUACGUGUAUGACAAUGUAGAGCAGCAGUGGCAGGAGUAUGACAUGAACCAAGAUGGCGUAAUCUCUUGGGAGGAGUACAGAAACGUGACGUAUGGCACUUACCUGGACGACCCUGACCCCGACGAUGGCUUCAAUUACAAACAGAUGAUGGUGAGAGAUGAGCGGAGGUUCAAAAUGGCCGAUAAGGACGGGGACCUGAUUGCUACCAAGGAAGAGUUCACAGCUUUCCUGCAUCCUGAGGAAUAUGACUACAUGAAGGACAUUGUCGUGCAGGAAACAAUGGAAGACAUUGACAAGAAUGGGGACGGCUUGAUUGACUUGGAAGAAUACAUAGGUGACAUGUAUAGCCAUGAUGGCGAUGCUGAAGAACCCGAGUGGGUGAAGACGGAGCGAGAGCAGUUUGUAGAGUUCAGGGACAAGAACCGUGAUGGGAAGAUGGACAAGGAGGAGACCAAGGAUUGGAUCCUUCCCUCAGAUUAUGAUCAUGCUGAGGCAGAAGCACGGCACCUUGUUUAUGAGUCAGAUCAGAACAAGGAUGGCAAACUCACCAAAGAAGAGAUUGUGGACAAGUACGACUUGUUUGUGGGCAGCCAGGCUACAGACUUUGGGGAAGCCUUAGUACGACACGAUGAGUUCUAAGCCAGAGAACCCUCUUAUCCCGAGGGGAAAGAAGAAGAAAGUAAUUUAUUUUUUACUGUUGUGGAAUAAUGCAAGAAACUCUUACUCGCUAUUGAGGCUGGCAGUUUCAGACAACAAUGUUGGGGAGGGGGGAAGAGUUCUCUCCCGUCUUCCCUUUUACUACUUGUUCCCCCAGGGAUGGGAACCCCGUGUUCUGAAAAGCAACUUUAAAUGGCAGCGUUUUGUUUUUUUUAGAUUUACGUUUUGGUUUUUUUGCCUAACAAGUUCUGUUUUAUUUUUGUAAUGUUUUGUCUUGCGUGAGAUGAAGACUGCAUAUCCUGCGGCAUUAGCCCUAGAGCAGCACUAGCUCUCCCAUCUCCCCUUCCCCUUCCCUUUUUAAAAUCCUGCGUGUGUGUGUGUGUGCGUGUACACAUGUGCAUGUACCUCUGUGUAGAGUUACAAAAUCGCCAGCGGACCAGGAGGGCCAAGGAAAACAAAACAGCUGCAGUAUUUCAUUUCAUUGUUAUUAUUUGAACUGGAGUAUUUGCAUUCAACUUGUCUCGAGGGGCCUAGCAAAGAAUUUUGUCAGCGUGUGCUUCUGGUUCAGCCUACUACUGUUACCCUGUUCAGUGCAAGAACUUUUCCCACAAUGCACGUCCCAUGUCUGUGUAGCCAGCGUGGCUUAACAAAGGCUGUGUGUUUGGCACCCUUCAGUAGGAGGAGAUGCGACAUGUGUUUCACCCCCAAGUAUUCCUGGUUCUUCUGCUGCCCUGGGUAGUCAGCAGCAUUCAGCCUCUUGCAAAUGGCUUCCUUUCCAGAGUUGUCUUUUUGUGCAGGAGCUGGAGCAAUUUGGCCAAUGCUGCUAUCGUUCUCCCGCUCAGGGCACUUCCCCCGGGACUUUGUUAUGAAAGCCAAUCCUCCCUGCCUUUUACCCUUCAGGUUCAAUUUGUUGCUCAUGGCAUGCAGUUUAACAACAUGGUUGGGGGGGGGGCUCUGCGGCUAUCUCUGCUUUAGGGCAGCAAGCGCCUGACCCAGAAACAGUGCCUUAAGAUAGGGUGCAGUGGGUGAAAUCUGGGUGUCAAGAAGAAGAGUGAGGCAGCUGAACACAUCUGGAAAGUAUUCACUUUUGAAGUGCCUUUAUCUUAAGGGGAAAAAAGGUUUCUCGGUUGAAGAGAAUCCCAGUGCAAAAUGUGCAUCUAGAAAUAACAGAGAGAGAAAGAGCAGUCUUCUGGUUAAUUAAGCAGCUCUUCAGUAUUAAAUGCCUUUCCCCAUCAGUGUUCUGAUCUCUUUGUGGGUUUUAAGCCCCAAGCUGUCUAGUCUGUCGGGGAGGGCCUUUCCCUUACCUCAAAAGGCAAACUAUUCCCCCUCUCACUCUUGUGUCCUAAGAUGUGAAGUGGCAUGCUCUGAUCUCGCUUUUUAAACUACAUUUACAGGAGGGUUGUUGCAGCUGCUUUCUCUGUCUCUUCCUAUCUCAUGCUGAGAACAGUUCCCAUUUUAGUCUGUUUCCUGGGUUGCUUAAUCCUUUUUGCUGGGCAGGUUGUGUGUGGAUGUGGAAUUGACUUAGGCCAGCUCCUCUUUCUGCAGGUUUUUGGGUCCAGCCCACCAGCAGUUGCUCCCCCUGUAAGCCCAUAAAAUGAAAUGUGAUCAGUGCUCCUGGUUUUUAUCCCAGCAAGACAUCUCUGGUGGACCGUUUCCCAGAGUUUUAUGCCAGCCUUCCCCAGAUGUUUUGGACUACCAACUCCUGCCGUCCCCAGCCCUGGGACUGAUGGGAGUUGUAGUCCAAAACCUCUGGAGGGUGCCAGGCUGGGGGAGGCUGCCUUAUGCCCUUAACAAGACUCUCCACAUGAACCUUUUGAACACUAAACACCAGCUGCUCCCUCUGGCCCCACUAACUGUAAUAAUCACAAGCGCAAGGGAUGCACAUUUUCCCUGUUUCCUUUGAACCAUUCAGUGAUUAAAUUUUGAAAUACUGUCUAUACCUGUUAAUUUCAUCCAACUUUUUUUAAUAACCCGGUACCAUGAACAAGAAAGUCAUUUUAGUAAAAUAAACAAAAGUAUCCUGCACACUGGCCAGGAUUUCAUAAGAUCUGUGGCUGUCAGCCGUCCUGAGUCUGGGCUUAACGUUCACUAUGGAACAGCAGAGCAUUCCUAUUUCCUGUACACUUUCCUUCAGGAAUGGAAAUGCAUUCUGGUAGAUCAAGGAGCCAGCCGUAGGAGAAUGAAAAAUCAUUAGAUGAUCUCAGUCUCCCUUGAUUCACAACAGAAUUGAGGAGACAAUUCAUAAAAGACUUUUUCCCUAUUCAAUGGGAAGAGUUGAGUGGGGUGCCCAACUCCUUCAUGAACACUAAAGAUGCAUCUGCGCUGCCAGUUUCUUCCUGCAAUGGCAUUUUUACACUCUUCAGUGAGAGGCUCAGCCACUCCCGUCCACGCAGUGCCCACAUCAAGCCUGUGCUGGUCUCCAGCUAUUUUGAACUGCAGAUUUUGGGUGGGGUUAGGGUGUGUGUGUGUGCGCGCGCGUGUGUCCUGUUCACAUGACCAACACCAGAGCAGGUUCCUUGUAUGCCUGUGAUCCUGCUUUUUAUCACUACCGAGUCAGUGUUGCAGGGCACUGCUGUGUGAAAACCAUCCCACUGCAGAAAAUAGUCAAAGCUAACGGAUGGGAGAAUUCUGCCUGGGCUGGGACCUUCCGGCGUGUGUAUCUUGAUUUUUAUACUCUGCUGUGUUACCUCCUUGCACAAUCUUAGUAUUGAAGCAGAUAUCAGUCUGGUGGUGAAAGAAACUGACUCACAUGCCCCAAAGCUCUUCAUUGUGCACCUUUUAGGAGGUGUUUUUUUGUAGAGUGUAAAUGGAAUUUUAUAUAAUGUACAACAUACAGAUAAAAACGGUGUCUUAAUAAAAACUGUUUACAUCC